AUGCACACAACACUACCAACAUGGCUUGCUCUUUCAGCAGCAAUAAUACCCAGCGCAACGGCGUUUUACCCAUACCACUACGACGGCAGUAGCACUUCCUCGUCGCCGUCCCCGCGGUCGCAACGGCUCUCUCGAUCCUCGAAGGAAACCACCGUGCGCGGUAUCACGCUUCCUCUGCGCCGAAUCGCUACGGGUCUACAUUCCCGGCAGAGCAAUGUAUACAACAUAGUCAACUCGAAGGACCCGAGCCAAGAAAAGAGCGUGGCCAUAGACCAAGAUGGCAAGGAUCUCAGCUACAUGGUCGCCGUGACCUUUGGUGACAGCAAGGAGGAAUACCACAUGCUUCUGGAUUCCGCAGCGAGCAACACCUGGGUCAUGAGCCAAGACUGCAAGAGCGAAGCAUGUAAAACGCAUACUUUGUUCGGCAAGGGUGAUUCAAGCACACUCAAGCUCGACACCAAACAAUUCAGCAUAACCUACGGCACCGGCUCCUCGAGCGGCACCCUUGCCUCAGACACAAUCCACAUCGGCACCUCCCUCUCCUCUCCCCUAACCUUCGGCCUCGCCACCAAUGUCUCGUCAGAAUUCCGCGCCUACCCUAUGGAUGGCAUCCUGGGCAUUGGCCGCGGCGGCGCAGCCAGCGACGGCGAAAUCGCCGCCCCACAAAUCAUGGACGUCCUCUCGUCGAACCGCCUCAUCGCCGCAAAACUCUACGGUAUCCACCUGAGCCGCGCGAAAGACGGACUGCAAGACGGCGCGCUGGACAUUGGCCAUAUCGACGAGACUCGCUUCUCUGGCGACAUGAACUACCUGGACUGCGUAGAAAACGAUACCGGCUUUUGGGAAAUCCCCUUGCAAGGGGCGAGUGUAGAUGGCAAAGACGCCUUAUCUUCGGCUUCCAGCAACGGAGCCAGAACCGCAAUCAUGGACACGGGAACCUCAUUCAUUCUUGUCCCAGAACCAGACGCCCAAGCCAUUCACUCCUCCAUCAAAGACCACACGCAAAGCGGCGAAACCUUCUUUGUGCCCUGCGACACGAAAACCCAGCUAGCCUUCUCGUUCAACAACGUCGCGUACAAUAUUUCGACGGGAGAUUGGGUCGGGGAGAAGGUAGAGAGCCAGGGCGGACUGUGCAGAAGUAACAUUAUCGGCCGGCAGACGUUCAAAGCGAAUCAGUGGUUGGUAGGCGAUGUGUUUAUGAAGAAUGUGUAUUCGGUAUUUGAUUUUGAGAAGGAGAGGGUGGGGUUGGGGGUCAAGGGCUCGGAGAAGGAGGUUGAGUCGGCAAGUGCAACUUCAUCUGGUGCACAAUCUUCAGUCUCACAAACAGCUUCCGGUAGUACUACUACUUCAGCACCGAGUUCAACUGCUGUGGCGGACAAUGUGGCUCAGGGUCAGCAGGGCAGCAAUAGUGCUACGGGUCGCUUUUCAUCUCCAUCCGCUCUAGUCUCCAUGGUAGCGCUUGUUGCGAUUUCAUUAUUCGUAUAA